UAACUCGGGAAGGGGUAGUUCAUGGAAGAGCUGUGCGCCUGCGCAAAGUGCAUAGCAACACUUUGGGGCAGCAGGAGAAGCCGAGGGAUCGUUUAUGCGCAUUUUGGGGACGAAAAGCGAUAAAUCACCCCAAGCAGACUAGCAGGAAUCAUGGGGAGUGUGUUCCUGCCGGCGGACGCGGCCCACUCGGUGCUGCGGCGGCUGCGCAGGGCCAACUUCUUGCUGGAGGAGAUGAAGCAGGGCAACAUCCAGCGGGAGUGCCGCGAGGAGAUCUGCACCUAUGAGGAAGCCCGCGAGGCUUUUGAAAACGAUGAGAAGACGAGGCGGUUCUGGGAGGAAUAUGUGCGGGAGAGCAGUCCUUCUGGAGGGCUGGAGACAGUGGUUGGCGGAGUCCACUCUCUCUACUUGAUCGUGCCAUUGCUGCUGGUUGUGCUCAUCGUUGCCACCAUCGCCAUCACUGUGUGGCGCUGCCACUCUCGCAAGCGCUCGCAGCGCAGCCCCAGCCCCAGCCUGGGACACUCUCAUCAGGACCAUGUCCUGUCAGUGGUCUCUAUGGACCAUUGGGGGAGGGAUUACCACCAUGGUGACCAAUCAGAACUCAGCAUCCACAGCAGCCCAGCUUAUCCAGGCUCAGAGCUCACAUCAGGGAGAGGAAGUGCUGGAGACCCGCCACCAUCUUAUGAGGAGGCUGUGGGCCAUACAGACGUCCAAAUAGAGACGGAGCCACCUCCACAGUAUGAUGAUAUAGUCAACACCAGCAGUACUAGUGUCAGUGGUGACCAUGGGAAGUAAACCUGUCUGUCACUACCACCCCAACAAAAGCCCUAACCUACACUUAGACCAUCUUAUCAUUUAGCAGUGCCACUGUUGUGGUAUCACCAGCCUUCCCCAUUCAACACAAAAAGAUACACUAUUAACUGUCUGGUCAAUGGACUAAUGCAAUCUUUGCCGGAGCCAGCGCUAUUGAAAUUUGCACUAACCUUUCAUCGUUGAGGUGAAGUGAUAGCAGGAAGGAGCAAAUGAUAAUGCAAUACCAAAACCAACCAACACCUGUGCUGAUUUUCCUCAAGUUGCAUCUAUGCUGUCACACUGUGGCAAAUCAUUUAACUCAGCAGGCAUAACAAAUGAUGCAUGUGGCAUAAAGGAAAAAAAAAGGGUUCUGAUUGCCAUAAUGAAGGACAACUAUUCUAAAAGUGUAUAUGGGGUUGGACCGAUUCUUUAUUGAAGGUUAGUGCCAAUUUUUUAGACUUAAGUGGCCAAUAGCAGGUAUUUUGCUCCUAUUUUUAAUAUCUUUUUUAAAUUUAGAAUUUUGUAUAUUGCAUAGUUUAGCAAAAAUUUGCUUUGCAAGAUUCAGUAACAGCAUUUAGACCACAGAACAACAAUUCCAUUGAAACCCAGACAAAUUAAAGUUGCAUUAAGUGAUUUUUGACCACCAGGGGGCAAAAAGAAUCAAAACUCAAAAUCAAGUUUAUCAUUUCUUAUAGCUAACCCGUAAGCAAAGAUUUAUCUACUCACACAUCCAACAGACACAGAGCAACAUGAGUCUCAUCCCACUGAAAUAUCAUCCCACUGUUUGCGACCAUUUGACUUGAGUCCAAUAUUUAGUUGUUAGCAUUGGUUUGUUUGACCGACUCCUGAGAGAAAUAUCAGGGUCUUUAGCUCGUUACUUCAGCUCUUUGCCGUUUCAUGCUGGGCUAGUAGAUGCUUUGCUUGUUAACUGUAAAUAGUAAAUGAAAUAAAAUGUAAAUGGCUGCCCCCAGUUUUACAUUGGGGAAUAAAGGGAGAGCUUUGAGACGCAACCAUUUAGUAAAUGAUCAGGCUACAGAACUGAAACAAUUAUUCAACACUGUGUAGAGCUACUGUGUUCAUUCUCAGUGGGUUCAGUACUACUAGUGACCCUUCCACAUUAAAAUCAGUAAUUUGAUUCAUUGUCUAUAUCAAAAACAUCACCAAAUGCGGGUUUAAAUAGUCAAGUUGCCAAACAAAUGCAUCGGUCCAACUUCAUUAUACACUUGCGAAGAUUUUAAAUUUGAGGAAAAAUGAGGCUAUCAGUUAUAAAAGGGGGGUGGAAAUGUGUUUUGUGUAUGUGUGUCAUAUGUGCAUAUACUUUGGUAAUGCAUGCAGCUUGGUCUGGACACUUGAGGUUGGAUCUGGCUCUACACUGUUUGUUGAUGGUCAGUGCUCGCUGGCCCAUGUCCACCUCUGGGCUGUUGACAGAUGCUAAGAGCCUGCUUUUACUGUGAAAAUCUUUCCCUAACCUGUCUCUUAAAGCAAAUGUAACCGCGUUGGAUAUGACUACAGAGUCUUUUGCUGUGCCACUUUCACUAAAAGCACACUGAGGAUUCUUCAAAUAGGUUUGCAGCUACACCAUUAAUGUACGUUGUGGAGUGACUUGCACAGGAAAGUGGGACAGAAAGCAAUAAAAACAGAAGCUUUGGGGAAAAGAGUUAUCAGAGAGGAGAGAUUCUGUAUUUAACGUCACUUUGGACAGAGUUCAUGUUUAGCAUGUGUGAUGUACCUGUAUAUAAAUAUGUAUAGUCUAUAUGUGUGAAAGUAAAAUACUGUGAGAUUGUUUUUUACUGCAUAGGAAUGCUGUGAAUGCAUUGAUACUAGUCAAACUAUUAUACAGUAGGUUGUGAAUAAAUGAAGGCACUUUGUGUUUAAGCUCAAAAUGAGCUGUUUGAUGGAAACUAGGACAGUCCGGUUUGACGUCUUCAGCAUCACUCUCAGCCAUAACGAUGUCACUGUAAUCCUCUGAAAAAAAGUGCUCAUACUCUAUAUGCAAUGUUGCUGCAUACACUCUAAAAACCAAAUAUGUCUAAAGUUCACAGAUACUGAUAAAUGUUUCCUAUCAACACCUUACAGACUUCGAGCACUGAUUAUUAUUCUUAUACUUUGUGAGUUGACCUGUGAACCACAGCACUUGCUAUGACCUUUAACUUGUGCUGGUGGGAGUAGCCAUUUUGGUUGUCAUUUGUACUGUUACUUGCAGAGCCUUUUUUUUUUUUUUAACAAUGCCUUAUCAAACAAACAAAAUGUUAUUUAACAUUAAAUCCAAGGGAACUUGUUAUAAAUCCUUUAUGUGCAGAAGCUUGAAUUAAUUCGUAAUAAAACAUUAAAAAUGC